AUGGGAGUGAGGGGCAGUAAGUUGAGCGAAUUGAUUGGAAGUGGAGGAAGAGGAAGAGUCAAGCGCCUGGCCCCUGCCCCUAGAGGGUAUGUCCCUGUAUCUGUUGGUGUGAACAAUGAUACCUGCCGGCGAUUUAUGGUUCACACGACGACGCUGACAGAUGCAGAUUUCUUGGAGUUGCUCUGCCGGUCAGCGGAAGAAUAUGGCUUCUGCAAUGAAGGAGUUUUGAGGAUUCCCUACGAAGCUAAGGACUUUGAGGAGAGGAUGAUGAGAAGUACUGUAAUGGUGAUCAACAGAGCAGUGCCUCUUGCUUCUGGGCUUUUUCUUAGAAUAAGAUUGGCCAUUUAG